CCGACGAAUCAAAAAUGGAAAAAUUGGUAAUUUCGCUAAAUUCCAAGAGUACUUUAUUUUCCCUACCUCCCUCAUCCCUCCCAAGUUCUCCCGCUGCGAGGUCUCUAAAAUAAAACCCAUACAAGAAAAAUCAGAAGAAAGAAGCAGCAGAAGAAGAAGGCACAUCCUUAAUUCUUUCCUUUUGCAGAAUCCAUUAGCCGAUCUUCUCCGGGAUGCUCUAACUCUUUCUCUCUAUUAAUGGAGAUUUUGAAUCUUUCAUACACAACUCUCUUUCAGCAGCGUUUCUGAACAAUUAAUCUUUAGAUCAUUAAGCUCAAGGGUUUUCUUUAUUCGCGAAGAUGUCUCUCCCUCCAAUUGAGUGUAAAUAUGUCACAGAGGAGUUCCUCCGGGAAUGGAAAGAUGGGAAUAGCAAUUUCGAAAUGCAGACUCCGGUGCCAGUGGCUCGGUUUCUGUAUGAGCUCUGUUGGACUAUGGUACGAGGAGAAUUGCCCUUCCAGAAGUGUAAAGCAGCGUUGGAUUCAGUUGAGUUUGCUGAUCAAGUAUCCAAUGAAGAGAUUGGCUCAAAUUUUGCCGAUAUCGUGACCCAAAUGGCUCAAGAUAUUACAAUGUCUGGGGAACACCGCGGCCGCCUCAUCAAAAUGGCGAAAUGGCUAGUGGAGUCUGCCUUUGUUCCUUUGCGGCUUUUCCAGGAGCGAUGUGAGGAAGAAUUCCUGUGGGAGGCUGAAAUGAUCAAGAUAAAGGCUCAAGAUUUAAAGGCGAAAGAGGUGAGAGUAAACACUCGCCUUCUAUAUCAGCAAACAAAAUUUAACCUUCUCCGGGAAGAGAGUGAGGGUUAUGCCAAACUGGUCACACUUCUCUGUCAAAGUGGUUCUGAAGCUUCAACUCAUAAUGUGUCGGCUGCAACUAUAAGCAUAAUUAAGUCAUUAAUUGGGCACUUUGAUCUGGACCCAAAUCGUGUCUUUGAUAUUGUUUUGGAGUGUUAUGAACUUCAGCCCAAUAACAAUAUAUUCUUAGACCUGAUACCUAUAUUUCCUAAGUCCCAUGCUUCUCAAGUGCUGGGGUUUAAAUUUCAAUCUUAUCAGCGGAUGGAAGUGAAUAGUCCUGUGCCUUUUGGGUUUUAUCGGCUUGCAGCAAUGUUGGUGAAAGAGGAGUUCAUUGAUCUUGAUAGCAUAUAUGCACAUCUGCUUCCGAUGGAUGACGAGGCAUUUGAGAAUUAUGAUGCAUUUUCAGCAAAGCGUUUUGAUGAGGCUAACAAAAUUGGAAAAAUAAAUCUUGCCGCUACUGGGAAGGAUCUGAUGGAUGAUGAAAAACAAGGGGAUGUGACAAUUGACCUUUUUGCUGCCUUGGACAUGGAAAGUGAAGCUGUUAAAGAAUGCUCCCCUGAGAUGGAAAAUAACCAAAGUUUGGGUUUGCUUAGUGGAUUCCUUUCAGUGGAUGACUGGUAUCAUGCUCAGAUGCUGUUUGAUCGUCUCUCUCCACUAAAUCCUGUGGCUCAUGUACAGAUUUGUGAGGGCUUAUUUAGGAUGAUUGAGAAAUCGAUCUCUUCAGCAUACAAAGUCACUUGUCAGGCACACUUUCAGAGUAUUGGGUUGCCAUCCAGAUCUGCUUCUGAUAACAUGGAAACGAGUGCACCCUCAAUUCAGAAAUAUUUUAUUGAUCUUCCUGCUGAACUCUUCCAAAUGCUUGCUUCUGCUGGUCCUUAUCUCCACCGUGAUGCUGUACUGCUACAGAAGGUCUGCAGAGUAUUAAAAAGAUAUUACCUGUCAGCAUUGGAGCUUGUUGCUGAUGGAGGAGCUACUCAAUGUGGUGAUGGGGGGAGUCGAGAUCCUCGCUUGCGCUUAAAGGAAGCUCGGAUGAGGGUUGAGGAAGCCCUAGGUACAUGUUUACUUCCUUCGUUGCAGUUGAUACCUGCAAAUCCUGCCGUUGGACAAGAGAUAUGGGAAGUACUGUGUCUCAUCCCUUACGAGGUGCGUUAUCGUCUGUAUGGUGAAUGGGAAAAAGAUGAUGAGCGAAUUCCUAUGGUUUUAGCUGCAAAGCAGACAGCGAAGUUGGAUACAAGAAGAAUCUUAAAACGGCUUGCAAAGGAAAACUUGAAACAGCUGGGUCGAAUGAUGGCGAAACUAGCACAUGCAAAUCCAAUGAUCGUACUUAGAACAAUUGUUCACCAGAUAGAGGCUUACAGGGAUAUGAUCACUCCAGUUGUGGAUGCAUUCAAAUAUUUGACUCAGCUUGAGUACGAUGUUUUGGAAUACAUAGUGAUCGAGCGUUUGGUGCAAGGGGGGCGUGAGAAACUAAAAGAUGAUGGACUUAAUCCAUCGGAUUGGCUUCAAUCUUUGGCUUCCUUUUGGGGCCACUUGUGUAAGAAGUAUCCCUCGAUGGAACUGAGGGGUCUGUUCCAGUAUCUCGUGAAUCAAUUGAAGAAGGGGCAGGGAAUUGAGCUUGUUCUUUUGCAGGAGCUUAUCCAACAAAUGGCAAAUGUCCAGUACACCGAAAACAUGACAGAGGAGCAGCUGGAUGCAUUGGCGGGGAGCGAGACCCUACGAUGUCAAGCUACAUCUUUUGGGAUGACAAGAAAUAACAAGGCUCUGAUCAAAUCGACUAAUAGGCUGAGGGACGCAUUGCUUCCAAAGGAGGAACCUAAGUUGGCCAUUCCUUUGCUGUUGCUUAUAGCCCAACAUCGCUCUGUGGUUGUCAUAAAUGCAGAUGCACCAUACAUUAAGAUGGUCAGUGAACAGUUUGAUAGAUGCCAUGGGACCCUUCUUCAAUAUGUGGAAUUCCUUUAUAGUGCAAUAACACCAGCUAUAAACUAUGGUCAGCUGGUCCCCUCUCUUGAUGACAUUGUCCACAAAUACCACCUUGAACCAGAGGUUGCCUUUUUAAUAUACCGACCUGUGAUGAGGCUCUUCAAGUGUUCAAAUGGUUCCAAUGUCUACUGGCCUUCUGAUGAUAUUGAAGAGUUGAACACAUCAAUUGCUGACCAGCAGUCUGAAUCCUCAGCCUCAUCUGCUAAUUUGGUCCUGGAUCUUGGUGCUCAGAAUCCUACCAAGUGGUCUGAUCUUCUUGAAACAGUUAGAACAAUUUUACCUUCAAAAGCUUGGAACAGCCUCUCCCCUGAUCUCUAUGCUACUUUUUGGGGGCUCACACUCUAUGAUCUUUAUGUUCCUCGGAACCGAUAUGAAUCUGAGAUUGCUAAGCAGCAAGCUGGUCUGAAAGCCCUAGAAGAGCUUUCUGAUAACUCAAAUUCAGCUAUCAUCAAACGCAAAAAAGACAAGGAAAGAAUCCAGGAAUCUCUCGACCGUUUGACUGCUGAACUCCAAAGGCAUGAAGAAAAUGUUGCAUCUGUUCGUCGAAGACUUGCACGAGAAAAGGAUAAAUGGCUGAGUUCCUGCCCUGAUACUUUGAAAAUUAAUAUGGAGUUUCUUCAGCGCUGUAUUUUCCCACGCUGUAUUUUUGGCAUGCCAGAUGCAGUCUACUGUGCCAAAUUUGUACAUACCCUACAUUCUCUUGGAACUCCUUUUUUCAACACUGUUAAUCAUAUUGAUGUUCUCAUAUGUAAGACCUUACAACCUAUGAUCUGCUGCUGCACCGAAUAUGAAGCCGGUAGACUAGGGAGGUUUUUGUGUGAGACACUAAAAAUGGCUUACCAUUGGAAGAGUGAUGAAUCAAUUUAUGAAUGUGAGUGUGGAAACAUGCCAGGCUUUGCUGUCUAUUAUAGAUAUCCAAACAGCCAGCGUGUCACAUAUAGCCAGUUUAUUAAGGUACACUGGAAAUGGAGUGGACGAAUUACACGCUUGCUCAUUCAGUGCUUGGAAUCAACUGAAUACAUGGAAAUCCGUAAUGCUCUUAUAGUGUUGACAAAAAUUUCGAGUGUUUUUCCCGUUACUAGAAAGAGCGGAAUUAAUCUUGAGAAGCGGGUAGCAAAAAUUAAAGGGGACGAGAGAGAGGAUCUCAAGGUAUUGGCUACAGGUGUUGCUGCUGCUUUGGCUGCUCGAAAGAGUUCAUGGGUUUCUGAGGAGGAAUUCAGCAUGGGGCAUGUUGAUCUGAAGCCAACUCCAUCACCUGCCACAAAGUCUGCAGCUGGUAAUUUAGUAACUGGUUCCAAUGGUUCUGCUCUUAAUAUUUCUCAAGUUGAGACAGUUGGGCCUAGGAAUACCUCUGCUGCAACCCAGCUUCCAGACUCGGGAAAUAUUAUCAAGGAGCAGAUACUGCGGACAAAACCUGUAGAUGGGAGGCUUGAGCCAGCAGAAAGUGUUGUGUUUAUGAAACAUGAUUCUGGACAUGUUAAAUUAAAAGGUGGCUCAUUAGCAAAUGGCUUAGAUACUCAAUCAAUUAUGCAUUCAGGUUCUGGACAAGGUGGAUCAUCCAGAGAAAAUGAAACUCAAAAGCAUAUAGAUGAGCCUGCAAAAGGCACCUUGGAUGUAAACGCGGCAAAAGUUGGUCCUAAAACUGCUGAAUCUGAGUUGAGACCGACAGUAAAACGGGCGGCUGCUGGAUCUUUCUCUAAGCAACCUAAGCAGGAGCAUGCAAAAGAUGAAAAUAAAUCGGUAAAAUCUGUCAGCAGAAUUGCUGGUUCUUCUUCCACCAGUGACACAGAUUUUUCCGUGCAUCCAUCUGAAGUUAGGCAAGUUGUUGCUGCCAAUGCAGCUGCAGCUACAACCAAUGGUGGCACUGUUCCAUAUUCCACUAAAGGUUCAACUGCAUCUGGGAAAACGUCCAUUGAUAUGCAUGGUACCAUACUAAAAAAAGAGAGUGGAUCUGUUAAGCCUUCUGACUUGAGGGCCUCUGCUGGAAAAGAUGCAGAUGAAAAUGAAAAUUCUGAAAUACCAAGGCCUUUCAUAUCUCGACCUGCUCACUCUCCCAUCCGUGAUGAUGCUUCCAGCGCAACAAAGUCUAUGGAGAAGCAACAAAAGAGACCUAGUCCAGCCGAAGGACAGGACAGAAUAAACAAGCGGAGGAAAGGUGAUGGAGAAGGGAAUGAUUUAGAGGUAGAUUUUCGGUUCUCUGACAGGGAGAGGUCUGGGGAUGUACGAUUAGCUGACAAAUCCCAUUCUUCUGAUGUUGACAAGCCUGGAACUGAUGAAAAAAUUCCUAAUAGGGCUACAGAUAAGCUUUUGGAUAGACCAAAAGAUAAGGGCAGUGAAAGACAUGAUAGAGACCAUAGGGAAAGAUUGGAACGCCCUGAUAAGUCACGUGGAGAUGAGAUUUUGGCAGAAAAAUCAAGGGAUAGGUCAAUAGAAAGACAUGGGAGAGAACGUUCAGUUGAAAGAGCACAAGACAGAGGAGCUGACAGGAAUUCUGAUAGGAUAGGUGACAAAGGUAAGGAUGACAGAACUAAAGAUGAUCGUAGUAAACCUCGCUAUAGUGAGACAUCUUCUGAAAAGUCCCGUGCUGAUGAUCGUCUUCGUGCACAAAGCUUGCCCCCUCCACCACCUCUACCUCCUAAUGUAGUUCCCCAAUCUGUUAAUUCUAAUCGAAGAGAUGAAGGUGCUGACAGGAGGGUCAGUAAUAUCAGACACAUUCAGAGGCUCUCUCCUAGACAUGAAGAAAAAGAACGGAGACGCUCAGAGGAAAAUUUGUUGGUUUCACAAGAUGAUGCAAAGCGUAGAAGAGAAGAUGACUUUCGAGAGAGAAAACGUGAUGAACAGGACGGUCCAUCAAUCAAGGUGGAGGAUAGGGAGAGGGACAAAAUUAACCUCUUGAAGGAUGACAUGGAUGUAAAUGGAGCAUCCAAAAGGCGAAAACUUAAAAGGGAGCACCUGUCGUCAGGGGAAACUGGUGAUUAUCCACUGGCAGUCCCACCACCACCUUCUCUUGCACUUGGUUUGUCACUGUCAUAUCAUGUAAGAGAACGGGACAGGAAAGGGGCCAUGGCCCAGAGGUCAGGCUGCUUGGAGGAACCACUGCCAAGGGUUCAUGGCAAAGAAGCCGCUAGCAGCAAGAUUCUCCGUCGGGAUGAUCAGAUUUAUGACAGAGAGUGGGAGGAUGAGAAGAGGCAGAGAGCUGAACCAAAACGAAGGCAUCGAAAAUAAAGAUGGAAUUGAAGUGCAUUAUACUGGCUUCCUGUUUCUGGUUCAUAUAUAUGUGACCCCCCUGGUGUGCCACCAGUCCAGUGACUGCCGUCUUCUCACCAAUGCUGAUACCUUCUUUUUCAAUUCCUGUGUCUUAUGAGCUAUUUCAAUUGACAUUAAUUAUUUUUUGGGGGGUCAUAGUUUCGAGUAAUUUUUUCCUCAAUUUUCGGCCAUUGACACAAGUUCCUGCUUUGGUGUAUAAAAACGUAUGAUAGAGGGAGGUUGUCUAAUUAUGCAAUCUCUUCUGUAGUUCUGUAGUUUCCAACUUUGUAAAGAAAAUUUUCUUUCUGAUACAAUUGUGAUAGCUCUGGCAUUAUGCCAAAUUUUGUGAUUUCAUAGUUGGGCAUGUAUCAAUGUUAAAAAAACUUUGGAAGCA